UCUACCCAAGAAGAGCAAAAACAGAGAGCCCAUUUUUAGCCUUCAAAAAAGCCUUUGCAUUUACCGACACGGAAGCCGUCCAUCUCUCUCUCUCUCUCUCUCUCUCUCUCUCUCUCGCCCCUCACCGAAACGCAAGAAUCGCCUGUAACAGAGAUCUCAGCUCUUCACACUCACAUCACAUUACUCUCUCUCUCUCUCUCUCUCUCAUCAAGAAACAGGGGCAAACGCGAAAGAAGCCAUCAAUGUCGCGCCUUGGAUCAAUCCCACUGCUCUCUCAUUGCCUCCUGCUCUCUCUGUUCUGCCUCUUCUUCUUCUCCUCCUCUGUCUCUUCCGACUCCAGCUUUCGCUUUCACCGUCUCAGUGAUUUACGUGUUCCGGAUGAUGGGUAUGAGAAAGGGUCUCUUUGGGUGGCUCCGUUGGAGGCAAGGAGGCACCUUGCUGAUGAGACGACGGGGAAUUCCUCGCUGAUAUUAGCAGCUCAAAGGACGCGCCGGAGAGACCCCACCAACGAUUUCAAACGUUACACUGGUGGAUGGAACAUUAGCAAUCAGCACUACUGGGCCUCUGUGGGAUUCGCCGCCGCUCCAUUCUUUGUCAUCGCAGCAGCUUGGUUUGUAAUCUUCGGGCUGUGCUUGUCUUUCAUCUGUCUCUGCUACUGCUGCUGCCGAAGAGAACCUUACGGAUACUCCCGGGCUUGUUAUGCUUUGUCUCUCAUUUUUCUUAUGCUCUUCACAAUUGCAGCGAUAGUUGGCUGCAUCGUUUUGUACACUGGUCAAGGGAAGUUUCAUGGCAGUACCUCGGAUACUCUUAAUUUUGUGGUGUAUCAGGCAAACACCACCUCUGAAAACCUCAGGAAAGUGUCAGAUUAUCUUGCCACGGCAAAGCAGAUUGGAGUGGAUGCCAAUUUUCUGCCUGCUAGUGUUCAGAACAAUAUUGACGCUGUGCAAGGGAAGAUCAACUCCUCUGCAGCUACUCUUUCUGCCAAAACAACGAAGAAUUCCAAAGAUAUUCAAGAUGGCUUGGAUAGCAUGAGGUUGUCUCUUAUUGUUCUUGCUGCUGUCAUGCUAUUCUUGGCAUUUCUUGGAUUUCUGUUCUCUGUUCUUGGAUUGCAGUGUCUUGUGUACUUCCUGGUCAUACUGGGAUGGAUUCUUGUCACUGGCACAUUUAUCCUGUGUGGCGUGUUUCUGCUCCUCCAUAAUGUUGUUGCAGAUACAUGUGUUGCAAUGGAUGAGUGGGUGCAGAACCCCACAGCUCAUACAGCUUUAGACGAUAUUAUCCCAUGUGUUGACAACGCAACUGCCCAGGAGACAUUGUUACGCACCAAAGAUGUGACCUACCAGCUUUCAAGAAUGGUUAAUGUGGUCAUUACCAAUGUAUCAAACGUCAACUACCCGCCAGCAGCUGGAUCUUUAUAUAUCAACCAGUCUGGACCAUUAGUGCCCACCCUUUGCAACCCAUACCACGCUGAUCUCACCACUCGACAAUGUGCUUCUGGCGAAGUCGAUUUUAUGAACGCCACACAGGUGUGGAAGAAUUACGCUUGUCAAGUGUCCUCAUCAGGCAUCUGUACUACACCGGGACGGUUGACACCGUCAUUUUACAACCAGAUGGUUAGCGCCGUAAAUGUGAGCUACGGCUUAUACCACGAUGGUCCGUUCCUUGUCGGCCUUCAGGAUUGCUCUUUUGUUCGCCAAACCUUCACGUCUAUAAGUAGCAACCACUGUCCUGGCCUCCGUCAAUACAGUCAAUGGAUCUAUAUCGGCCUGGUGUUAGUCUCUGCAGCCGUAAUGCUGUCUUUGAUCUUCUGGGUGAUAUAUGCAAGAGAACGACGCCAUCGUGUAUAUACUAAGCAGUUCUUGGCCAGAUCUCAAGAAGGCCGAGACAAGGCGCCAUAGGUUUUUUCAAAUAUGUAGAGAUGUUAGUUUCCUUCAUGUACAUUUCUGUGUCCAACGUAUCUUUCCUCUGUUUUGGAAAUUAUACUUAGGCAGUGUUAGAACUCCUCUAGUACGAUGACGACGCUUUUAGUAUGUUGACUUGUUGCUGAUGUUUGAGAACCCAAAUGAAGGAACGAGUGCCUUUGCCUAUGUUUUCUUCUUGUCAA